CAGAAACAGAGGCUGUCGGCAGUUUUUGUUUGUGUGGUCGACACGGAGGCGUCCAUUUGCCGUUAGAACCGGAUCUUUUACCAGGACCGACCGACAGAUAGCUGCUAUGGGUGCCGGCUCGAGCACCGAGGCCGAGAGGGAGCCGCUCCUCGUCCCGCCUCACGCGGAGCCCAGCAGCCCGCCAGUAAACAGCAGGGUGUACGGGAGAAGAUGGCUGGUUCUGACCCUGUUCUCCCUGCUGGGACUCAUGCAGGGGAUGGUGUGGAACUUCUGGGGCCCCAUCCAGAACUCGGCCGUCCACGCCUUCGGCUUCACCAAGUCGGACAUCGCGGUUCUGGUGCUGUGGGGCCCGGUGGGCUUCGUGCCGUGGCUGCUGUUCAUGUGGUUAAUGGAUAAGAAAGGUUUGCGGGCGUCCCUCCUCCUCUCGGCGCUCUUCAUGCUGCUCGGAGCGGCUCUGAGGAGCAUCCCACUGACAGAACAGCCUCUCAGACGAUGGUUGAUACACGGAGGUCAGUUUCUCAACGGUUUGGCCGGCCCGACCAUCAUGAGCGCCGGCCCCUUCCUCUCCACCACAUGGUUCGCCCCCGACCAGAGAGCCACCGCUACAGCCGUGGCGUCGCUCUUCUCCUACCUGGGGGGCGCUGCUUCAUUUGUAAUUGGACCUCUGGUAGUGCCGGCGCCCAACAACACCCUGACAGCCACCACGACGGCGGCAGCAGUUUCUGACACCUUUAUCCGAGACAGGAUCCAGCUGGUUAUGUAUGCAGAGUUGGCUGCCAUUGCUGUGCUUUUUGCAGCAGUCCUGCUCUAUUUCCCGUCUCGCCCACCGAUGCCUCCCAGUGUGGCUGCUGCAAGCCAGAGGCUCAGUUACAGGAGCAGCAUCUGCAGACUUCUCAGUAACCUGCGGUUCUUGAUGAUUGCGCUGGCCUACGCCGUCCCCACAGGAGUGAUCGCUGGCUGGUUUGGAGUCCUUGACAUGGUCCUCACACCAGCCAAAGUCAGCCAGGUGGACGCGGGUUGGAUCGGCUUCUGGUCGACUGUUGGUGGAUGUGUGUUUGGAGUGGCGAUGGCCAGGUUUGCAGACUCCAUUCGAGGGAUGCUGAAGCUGAUCCUGGUGCUGAUGCUGGCCGGAGCCUCGCUGUCCUCCACCUGGUUCACACUAACCUGCCUGAGCAGAGUCACUCACCUUCCCUCCACUGCAGCCAUCCUGUACACUUCCUGCAUCCUGGUGGGCAUCUUCAUCAACAGCAGUGUGCCAAUAUUCUUCGAGCUCUUCAUUGAGACCGUGUACCCAGUCCCUGAAGGCAUCACGUGUGGAGUGGUCACUUUCCUGGGGAACCUGUUCACCGGUCUGCUCCUCUUCUUCCUCACCUUUUACUGUAAAGAGCUGUCGUGGAUGAACUGGUGUCUCACCGGCUCCUGCCUCUUCAGCCUCGUCCUCAUCCUCUUCUUCAGGGAGUCUUACGACCGCCUCUACCUGGACGUCUUCGUGUCUGUGUGACACUGCUGAGGGGAAAAAACAUCUAAACAAAAAGGACUGAAUAAUUUUACUUGCACAUAAAAGAGGGGAAAAAGGAGACAAAGGGAAAGAGGAACUCAGAUGUGUAUAUAUCAGUAACCGUGGUGAUGGGAGCUGUCGUAUGGCUGCAGACGAGGACCAAGGAGUGAUUCUACACCCAUGUUUACUCUUUACACGUGAUCGACUCGGCUCCAUACGACUGUUGACACAUCGUCACCUGUUUUUAUAUGUGUGUUUAUUUGUUUGUAUGUAAACAAACGUUUGUGAACGGUUGAAUUUUGGUGACCAGGCGCGGCAUGAUGGACUGUUAGUACUUGUUGUUUACAGAUAAUGUUUAAAGUUCUCAGUGUCGCCCCCGUGUGGCCACUCAGCUUAAAGGUUCUGACUCCAGAUCAGCCCCAAACAAGGAAGUGAAGGGGCGGUAACAGGAUGGCUUCAUCGGCCAAUCAGCAAGCCCGGCUGUGCUGCGUCGGGGCCAAACAAAGGACCUUGUGGCGUUUUAGUGCCGCUCCCGACUGCAGGCUGCGACUCGCUGAGAGGCAAGUACUCACAUCAUGCUUCAUCGUCUCUCCAGAUGAAUAUAUGCAAAAAUUGUCUACCAAAUUAUCGACUGGACGCCGGCCGGAGACGUGAGCUGGAGAAAGCUCGUCGUCAUGAGAGAAGCUGAAACUGUGAAACCUUCACAUUUCAGAGUUCAGCCUGUUUAUGAUUAAUCGUGUCAAUUUACGGGAGAUUUGCUUUUAAUAUAACUGAAUAAUGUUUUCUACAGAUUUUUAAAGUUAGUUUUCGUCAGCAGUCUGCCAGUAUUUAUUGGAAAUGUCUCAACACUAACACAGCCAACGCCCCGUUUCACUGAAACAGGAUGUUUGGUGACGACUUCAGCCGCAGCUGAGGCGCGCUGAGGGAGAUUAUUUUACUACACAGACACGAGGAUUACGUUAGAGUUGCCAAGCAGUUCCUCCAAAGCACCAGCAGGUGUCUCUGCGCCAACAGAGGGUCUGCUGACACACACACAAAAAACUGAAGGGAAAAACAAAGGAAGCUCUUUUUUUAUUUCUUAUUUUGGAUUCCUUGACUGAUAAAACUGGAGCCGCUCCCGAUCUGGAGGGACACAACCUCAAAGAAACAAAUCAAGGAGAAAAGAAAAACAUCUGUCGCUUACAAAGUUUUUCUGCAACUUGUCGAUGACUCUUCUUUGUGUCUUUGUCUCGCAGCAGCUAUAAGAAGUGUUUUAAUGUCUUCUCUUCUGGGGUUCGGCGAGGCUCUGUAAUGUGUUUCCUGGUGCUUGUUAUUUUUAUUUUUUACUCUCCUUGUACAGAAAAGGUUGUCUCUUACCUACUGACGUGUUGCCUUAAUUGCCCAGUGCUGUGUGUUCAGCCUCCCUCUCCUCCACACUGUGACUGUUUUAUCUGUACAUACUGUUAAAGGUCACGUCCUUCUGUCCUGCAGCACACUCUCUGUGGUUUCCCGGGCUUCGGGUUAUAAAUGUCCUCGUUCUGUGGAAAGGAAAAAAUGUGACUGUUGAAUAUUUCCAGCACCUUAUUGAAAUAAACAUUUUAAGAUGAA